AUGAAGAUUGACAAAGAACCUUCUCCUUCAGGCCAAGAUGUUGGUACAUCAAGCAAAGAAGAAAAGGAGAACAAGAUUGAAGAUAAACAAGAAUCUUCCACAUCAAUCAAGAAAGCUCAAGAGCAAGAAUCAAGCUCAAGUGCAGCUUCAAGUUCAAGUGAAGAUGAAAAUGGUAAUGAUGAAGAAGAGGAAGAUGAUGAUCAAGCAAGUUGUAGCUCCUCCGAUGAUAGUGAAGAAAUCAAGCAACUUGUGAAAUAUGUCAACAAGCUACUCAAGAAGAUCAACUCAAAGGGUGUCCCUACUACCAUUGAACAAUUAGUGAGCUACAACCAAAGAAAAAAGAACAAGAAAAAGGAAUAUCUUGGUUGUGGCGAAAAAGAGCACUACAUUGAAUAUUGUCCUCUCAUGAAAGCAAGACGCAAGCAAAAGAAGAAGGAAAGAAAGGCAAGCAAGAAGGCUUUCACUAGCAUUGCAAAGGGUGGAUUUGAUAUGACAAGCUCAAGUGAUGAAGAAAUCCACCACAAGCCACGUACCUUCUUGCCUUUAUCAAGCUCAUUUCAUAUUUGCCUUAUGGUCAAAGAAACUUAUGAUGAUCUCAUUGCCCGAGAAAAUGACGAGCUCAAGCAAAAAGUAACAAGGCUCACAAAGGGACUUGACAAGGCUAAAAGAAAAGAAAAGUUGUGA